UUGACUGAAUGUGAUGGUACGUUUUCUAGUUUGUUUAGAAGUGCUGGAGUCAGCGUUAAUCUUCAAAUAUCGGACGAAAGUGCUAAACCCCCUGAAACGUCAGUUGAUAUUUUUGAAGCUUCUUGUUCGUCUGCUGUGGUUGUGUUCCCUACAACUAAGCCCGCUACUCCUAAUACAUCUGCAAACACUCCGAAAAUAAAACAGGCUUUUGAAAAUGUGUAUCAAUAUUCUAAAGGUGGUGCAAAAUACGACCGGAUAACAGAUGCUAUUGCGUAUUUUAUUGCAGUUGAUAACAGGCCGUUUUAUGCGGUUGAAGGAAAAGGUUUUCGACAUUUGAUUAAGGAACUAGCCCCUUUGUAUAAAAAGCCUUGUCGGGAAAUAAUUAAGGCAAAGAUUGAUAAAAAGUAUGACACAUAA